UCAUUAUUAUCUUUAUUCUUGCUCUGUAUAAUUCAUGUUUGUAUUUGCUACAGUGUAUUUUGAACAUAUACAGUAUAUUUUUAACAUGUCUAUAAUCAAUGUUAUUUAGGGGUUGAAUCUGAAUGAGGAAAAUAUGAAGAUUUAUUUCUAAAACCCAACUAAAAAUAAAAAAUAAAAGUUUCAAGAUAUAUGGUUUAUUGAGUUGUUGGCAAUUUGAAGUUUAGGAAUGGGUUAGGAGUAGGUAGGAAUUUUAUGAUCAAUAGAGCAAUCAGUAACAGCUAAAAUAGCCAGAAGGAAAAUUUAAUAAUUAAAAGAUUUGCAGUAACAUAGAACUUAGGAGGGUGAUCUCCACAGGGCCAGACUUAGGGAAUGGGGUAGGGUGGGUGAAAGAUGGCUUCACAGGAAGUGGCUAAAGUAUGGAGCUAGGGUGUAAAUAUUCUAGAUUAAUUGGAGUCUUUCACAGAGUACUGUCAUGUGCAUGUAACAAUGUUUCGGUCAUGGACUGCAUUACAAUGGUGAUCCCAUGAGAUUAUAUUAUAUUUUUACUGUACAUUUCUUAUGUUUAGAUACACAAGUACUUACCAUUGUGUUACAAUUGCCUACAGUAUUCAGUAGAGUAACAUGCUGUACAGGUUUGUGGCCUAGGAGCAAUAGGCUAUACCAUACAGCUUAGGUGGGUAGUAAGCUAUACCACGCAGGCUUGUGUAAGUGUGCUCUAUGACAUUCACAUGACAAAAAACAAACAACAAAACCCCCAUUGAAAUAUUUCUCAGAAAGUAUCCCCGUCCUUAAGUGAUGCAUGAAUGUGCUGCCUCCACAGUAUAUAUUCAAAGGUGACCUUCAUUGCGUAGAUUCACACACACAAAAAAAGCCAUGUGAAAAUACCCUGCCCCUAGAUUUAGGAAUCUUCUGGACACACUCUUGUUUACAAUUUAAAUUAUUUCCAAAAAUUGAUAUAUCUGUCGAUUAAAUACAAGUAUUUGUGCGGCAGGAGAACAGGGUCUGGAAGCAGGGAACCUAGGACUAAUUUGUGCUGACGGGAUAUCAGUUGAAAGACUACUCCGCUUUCAACCCCUCCUUUUUCUGCAUGGCAGUUGCUGCCUGGCAGUUGCAAGCCCUUCUUUUUCUGUGUGGCAGUUGAAAAAUGAAAGUGCCUCAGAUUGGUCCCCUUCCUCAACCAAUCAGACUUGUGGCAGACCAAUGGGAAACCUCUAGGAGGCAUUUAAACCCCAGGAAAUUCUGCAACCUGUGCUUUUGAGCAGCUUGCCACAGCCUGCUCCCACGCAGUGGAGUAGUGUACUUUCAUUUAAAAUAAAUCUCUGCUUUCGCUGCCUUGCUUUAUUUGUGUGUUUUGUCCAAUUAUUUGUUCAAAACGCCAAGGACCUAGCCAACUACCCUCAACUGGUAACAGCUGCACACACAUAUCAAGGUACACCAGCUUCACCCUGCCUGGAGCUUCUUCCCAUGCCUAGUUUUCUCUUACAAUUCCGGUCUUUGCUCAAUUAUCACUUCUAAAAGAGGACUUUAUAGAGACCACCAUGUGUAAAACAGAUUUUCUACAUGCCCCCGCCAGCUAAUUUUUGUUAGAGUACUUAUAUUAUUUGAAAUAAUAUUUUUACAUGCCUCCCUCCCCUGGAAAAUGAGCUGAGUGAGGGAUAUUGUUGGAGUAUCCCCAAUACCAGGCACACAGUAGGCAUUCAAUAAAUAGUUUUUGAAUGAUUACAUUGUCUACGGAAUUCUAACAUGUAUGGGUGAAACAAAGACUCGCACAUGCUGUGAGAAAAAAACAAAAACUGGGUUGGCAGAGGCCUUGAAUAUGAGGAAGUGGCCCUUCCGGAUAAAGAAACUAAGACUCGGCCGGGCGUGGUGGCUCAGGCCUGUAAUCUCAGCACUUUGGGAGGCCGAGGCGGACGGAUCACCUGAGAUCAGGAGUUCGAGACCAGCCUGGCCAACACGGCGAAACCCCGUCUCUACUAAAAAUACAAAAAAAAAAAAAAAAAAAAUCAGCCGGGCGUGGUGGCGGAGGCCUGUAAUUCCAGCUGUUCGGGAGGCUGAGGCAGGAGAAUCGCUUGAACCCGGGAGGAAGAAAGAAAGAGAGAAAGAGGGAAUGAGGGAAGGCGGGAAAGAGGGAAAGAAGAAAAGAAAAGAAAGGAAAGAGAAGAGGGGCGGGGCAGGUCAGGGCAGGGCAGGGCAGGGCAAAAAAAGACUCAAUGCAGGAAAGGACUUGCCCAAGGUAAUCUAGUACGUGGAAAAGCAGAAGGCAGGAGCCUGUGUCGCGCAAGAGCUCCGGGGAGCCAACACCGAGCGGCCCUUUUGAGAGGGUCCCAGCCCCUGAGAUGCGGGAGCCCGCAAGAGGGAACCUCUUGUCUGAAGAGGUUGCUGCGCUCUGGAGUCGUGCUCUGGGACAGAUGGGCAAGCUCCGCUCUUGGGGCCGGAAGCGUGUAGCGUCUCCACCCGGGCUCCAAUCCCCAGCCUCGCACUCAGCACCAGGCAGAGUUCAGCCUCCUGCCGCAAGCUCCCUUCCGCCGCUCCCGACGAGCACGCAGGUCUGGCUGUCCGUUGGGCUAGCUAGGGCUUAAAAGCCCAACACGGGCGAAAAAGACGCGGUCUCAGUUAACGGGGACGCUUUAGAGCAACGCACUCGCCUCUCCUGUUCCGGUUGGGUUGGCGCCGGCUUCUCAGGCGCCACGUGGGAUUCGGCCCGGGUGCUCUUGUGAGCUGCUGCUCCUGCGGUUGGUGAGAUUACCUGGGUCUAGAGUGCGGAGCUGCUCCGUGGCCACGAGGACGUCACCAUGCCCAAAGCACCAAAGGGAAAAAGUGCAGGACGGGAAAAAAAAGUCAUCCAUCCAUAUAGUAGAAAAGCAGCUCAAAUUACGAGAGAGGCCCACAAACAAGAAAAAAAGGAAAAAUUGAAGAAUGAAAAGGCCUUGCGUCUCAACCUUGUUGGUGAAAAACUGCAAUGGUUUCAAAAUCAUCUUGAUCCCCAAAAAAAGAGAUAUUCAAAGAAAGAUGCUUGUGAACUAAUUGAAAGGUACUUAAAUCGAUUCAGCAGUGAGCUGGAGCAGAUUGAGUUACAUAACAGUAUCAGGGACAGGCAGGGGAGGCGGCACUGUUCCCGGGAGACUGUCAUCAAGCAGACGAUGGAGCGGGAGCGACAGCAAUUUGAAGGAUAUGGCUUUGAGAUUCCAGACAUUCUAAAUGCAAGUAAUCUGAAAACAUUUAGGGAAUGGGACUUUGAUCUGAAGAAAUUACCAAACAUUAAAAUGAGAAAAAUUUGCGCUAAUGAUGCAAUUCCCAAGACGUGCAAGAGGAAAACUAUUAUAACUGUAGACCAAGAUUUGGGGGAAUUGGAACUAAACGAUGAAUCAAGUGAUUCAGAUGAGGAAAUGACUGCAGUGGCCUAAUUGUCUUCACUUGAAUUGAAAAUAAAUAAUUUGAGAGCUUCAAAUUAUAUUCAUUGAUUAUGGUACCUAAUUGUCAAGAUACAAAAAUGUGAUACUGACAUUCUCUUAUAUGAUGAGAGUUUCAUUUGCGUUUCAAAAAUGGUGUUAUGAUACUUAUUUUAAAAUGAAGAUUGCUUUUCAUUUACAUUAAGUUGCUAAAAUAGAUAGACGUGAUCUGCAGAAGUUGUUUAGUCUUCAUCUGAAUUUCAGGCCGGGAGGGAGCAAUAUAACUAAGGACAAAAAAUGUUUUGUUUUUCUUGUGUAUUUAUGAUCACCUAAUUUCACGUUUUGUGAAAUGGACAGUAACCUGUUUCCUGAACGAUUCCUGUGGGUACUUUUUGAGCUGUGAUAAUAGCAAAAUUGUUUUUCGGUAAUAAUAUCACACUAAUGCUUCUUUUAAACAUUAAACCUAUUUUCCUUUUUUACAGAAUAAGGGAAAAUGUGAUAAGAAGUUUGUAUACAUUGCUGGAUUAUAGAUUAUUAUUUAUCUUUUGAACCAGAGCUAAAUGGUAAAAGAAAAAAAGUCAGUGAUGAUUGUUAUGUUGAUCUCCCACAAUUAAUUUAUCUUUUGACAAAGGGGAUAAAGAGUUUCAGUUUAGCUCCUUUUGAUUGUAUAUUAUUUUUUGCUUUUUUAUUGUGAAAAGAGGUUUUAUUUGUGGAGAGAGAAUUGAAGAUUAGAUAACCAGUGAUUUUAAUUAUGCUACUUUUUCUUCUAAGAGAUAAAUUGACAUAUCAUUCAGUAUUUUCAGUGUCAUGAAAAACAUGAAUGUUGUACAAUUUUCUUCCUCAAAAAACUUUUUAAAUGCAAGUAUCCUUAUUUUUUUUUAAAAGAGCACAAUGUAGGUGUAUUUGAGUAUUUUCAAGAAAAGAAUAAAAACAUUAAUGCAGUAUUAGGUUAACUGGAUAUCAACUAAGCCUUGUUAACAGUUAAAGUAUUAUAACUUUUUACUUCUGAAAAUUAAAAAUAAAAUUUAUUUCUGCAAUUUCA